UGUAAAGGAAAUCAAAAGAGAAUUCAUUUUUCGGUUUACAUCUUAGCAUUACUGUAAACUUGGGGCCACACUUGCUGUUUCAAGCGAGUGCACCCACUUUUCAACUUUCUGCACCCCAAAAGAGUAGAAACCGAGAUGUCUGAACCGCAAGAGUUUCUUAGUUUGCGUCGCAAAACCGGACACAAAACUGAGCUAGAAGACUUUUAACUGCCGUGGCCUAAACCGCAGCGGUUCGGGCAAAGGGGGGCUGCGGGGACCCCCGCGCCAUCGCCGUUGCUGUGCGCCCUGGUGCAACGCGGGGAUUGUUGCUGCCGCUGUGUGGGACACGAACGUCCGCCGCGACCUGGGAGAGCUCUUCUUUCCCCAGCUAGACUCCCGAACCACGAAACGCGGUCCCCAGCCGCGCGCUCCGUGUUCCCGCCCGGGCGCGGCGGGAGCGGACGGAGGUCUCCCGCGGGCAGCGCGCCUCGCACGUGCACUGCUGCCGUGGGCCUGGACCGCGCGGGGUCUAGGCUCAGGCAAGCGGUCGUGGGGCCAGCGUGAGCGAAACGGGCGCGGUCGCUGUUUCCAACUCAGAGCCCCUAAACUGGGGCCCUGAAGGGGUUGCGCUCCUCCACCACUCGCGACCCCCAAGGGCCAGAGCGUGCCCCAGGUGAGCUGGGCCCGGAGCCUCUUUGGGGGCCGGAGCCCUUACCGCGACCCGUAGCGCCCCCUCGGGGCUGGGCGCGGGGCCGCUGCGAUUGGGGCUGGGGUGCGGACAGGGGCGGGGGUCGCGGGCCCAACGGUCGCCGCGCUCGGAGGGCGCAGGGCCGCGCGCUCCACGCUGGCCGGCGGGCGCCUCGCCCGAGAACUCCGACUCCGACUCGGGCUCGCCAUGGCUGCUGAGGCGACGGCGCUGUGAGGAAGAGUCCGCGUCCGCCGUGGCGGUAGCGGCGGCCGGCUCCAGGCCGGGUUUUGGCGCCGCCCGCCUGCUGCCUCCUGGCGGCUCCUGAACUCCAGCCCCCUCUCUAUCAGCCUCUCACUCCGUCUCAAUAUGUCUCAAGAUGGCGGCCAAUGUGGGAUCGAUGUUUCAAUAUUGGAAGCGCUUUGAUUUACAGCAGCUGCAGAGAGAACUCGAUGCCACCGCAACUGUAUUGGCAAACCGGCAAGAUGAGAGUGAACAGUCCAGAAAGAGGCUCAUUGAGCAGAGCCGAGAGUUCAAGAAGAACACUCCAGAGGAUUUGCGCAAGCAGGUAGCGCCACUGCUGAAGAGCUUCCAGGGGGAGAUUGAUGCACUGAGUAAAAGAAGCAAAGAAGCUGAAGCAGCCUUCUUGAAUGUCUACAAGAGAUUGAUUGAUGUUCCAGAUCCAGUGCCAGCCCUGGAUCUGGGACAGCAACUGCAGCUCAAAGUGCAGCGCCUGCAUGACAUUGAGACGGAAAACCAGAAACUUAGGGAAACUCUUGAAGAAUACAACAAGGAAUUUGCUGAAGUGAAAAAUCAAGAAGUUACGAUAAAAGCACUUAAAGAGAAAAUCCGAGAAUAUGAACAGACUCUGAAGAGCCAAGCAGAGACAAUUGCUCUCGAGAAGGAACAAAAGUUGCAAAAUGAUUUUGCUGAGAAGGAGAGAAAACUACAAGAGACACAGAUGUCAACCACCUCAAAGCUCGAAGAGGCAGAGCAUAAACUUCAGACUCUGCAAACAGCCCUUGAAAAAACUCGAACAGAAUUAUUUGACCUGAAAACCAAAUACGAUGAAGAAACUACUGCAAAGGCCGACGAGAUUGAAAUGAUCAUGACCGACCUUGAAAGAGCAAACCAGAGGGCAGAGGUGGCACAGAGAGAGGCAGAGACCUUAAGGGAGCAGCUCUCAUCGGCCAACCACUCCCUCCAGCUGGCCUCACAGAUCCAGAAGGCACCGGAUGUGGAGCAGGCCAUAGAAGUGCUGACCCGCUCCAGCCUGGAAGUUGAGUUGGCCGCCAAAGAACGGGAGAUUGCCCAGCUGGUGGAGGAUGUUCAGAGGCUCCAGGCCAGCCUCACAAAGCUGCGUGAGAACUCAGCCAGCCAGAUCUCCCAGCUUGAACAGCAGCUGAGCGCCAAGAACAGCACACUCAAACAACUGGAAGAAAAACUCAAAGGCCAGGCUGACUAUGAAGAGGUGAAGAAAGAGCUAAAUAUCCUGAAGUCCAUGGAGUUUGCACCAUCAGAAGGAACUGGAACACAGGAUGCGGCCAAGCCCCUGGAGGUACUGCUGCUGGAGAAGAACCGCUCGCUGCAGUCUGAGAAUGCUGCACUGCGCAUCUCCAAUAGUGACCUGAGCGGGUCAGCCAGGAGAAAAGGGAAAGACCAGCCUGAGAGUCGGCGCCCUGGACCCUUGCCGGCCUCCCCUCCUCCUCAGUUGCCCCGCAACACGGGGGAGCAGGCUUCCAAUACUAAUGGUACACACCAGUUCUCACCAGCGGGGUUAAGUCAAGACUUUUUCAGCUCAUCCCUGGCAAGCCCCAGCCUACCCCUGGCUUCUACAGGAAAAUUUGCACUAAACUCUCUCCUCCAGCGACAGCUAAUGCACUCCUUCUACUCCAAGGCCAUGCAGGAAGCAGGAAGCACAAGCAUGAUUUUUUCAACAGGUCCCUACAGCACAAAUUCCAUAUCUUCCCCAACUCCAUUACAACAAAGCCCAGAUGUAAAUGGCAUGGCCCCAUCUCCCAGCCAAUCCGAAAGUGCUGGGAGCAUCUCUGAGGGCGAGGAGAUAGACACUGCAGAAAUCGCCCGGCAGGUCAAAGAGCAGCUGAUCAAGCACAAUAUCGGACAGCGUAUUUUCGGACAUUACGUCUUGGGACUGUCACAAGGGUCUGUGAGUGAGAUCCUGGCCCGACCAAAGCCCUGGAAUAAACUGACUGUUCGUGGUAAAGAGCCAUUCCACAAGAUGAAGCAGUUCCUUUCUGAUGAGCAGAACAUCUUGGCCCUGCGCAGCAUCCAAGGUAGACAAAGAGAGAAUCCAGGCCAGAGCCUGAACAGACUAUUUCAGGAAGUACCGAAACGAAGAAAUGGGUCUGAAGGUAACAUCACCACACGGAUCCGAGCCUCAGAGACAGGUUCUGAUGAAGCAAUCAAGUCCAUCCUGGAACAAGCCAAGAGGGAGCUCCAAGUUCAGAAAACUGAGCCAGCCCAGCCAUCUUCUGCAUCCAGCAGUGGGAACUCUGAUGAUGCCAUCCGCUCUAUCCUGCAGCAAGCACGCCGGGAAAUGGAAGCCCAGCAGGCUGCUCUUGACCCUGCCUUAAAACCAGCCCCACUGUCCCAGCCUGACCUCGCCCUCCUGACCCCAAAGCUCCUAUCUGCCUCACCUAUACCUACUGUGUCCAGUUACUCUCCUCUCGCCAUCUCCCUGAAGAAAACACCGUCAGCCCCCGAGGCUAAUGCCUCAGCCCUGCCCAACACCCCAGCCCUCAAAAAAGAGGCCCAGGAUGUGCCCAGCCUGGACCCACAGAGCACCACAGACACUGCACAAGGGGUUCUGAGGCAUGUGAAGAGUGAGCUGGGCCGUGGGGGUGGUUGGAAGGAUCAUUGGUGGAGCCCUGCACAGCCCGAGAGGAAAAACCCCACUUCCUCUGAAGAGACAAAAGGUGAAGAGGCCACAGGCGGGAAAGAAAAGGGUAACAGUGGCAGCCAGCCCCGAGCCGAGCGCAGCCAGCACCAGGGCCUCUCGUCGGAGUAUUGGAAAGAAUGGCCCAACGCUGAGUCUCCAUACUCCCAGAGCUCAGAGCUGAGCCUGACUGGAGCCAGCCGCAGCGAGACACCACAGAACAGCCCUCUGCCUUCCUCUCCAAUCGUGCCCAUGGCAAAGCCCACCAAACCCUCUGUUCCUCCACUGACCCCCGAACAAUAUGAGAUCUACAUGUAUCAGGAGGUAGACACCAUCGAGCUCACCCGACAGGUUAAAGAGAAGCUGGCCAAGAAUGGCAUUUGUCAGAGGAUCUUUGGGGAAAAGGUGCUGGGCCUAUCCCAAGGCAGUGUCAGUGACAUGCUAUCCCGGCCAAAACCAUGGAGCAAGCUAACCCAGAAAGGCCGAGAGCCCUUCAUCCGGAUGCAGCUUUGGCUAAAUGGCGAGCUGGGCCAAGGAGUGCUGCCCGUGCAGGGACACCCACAAGGACCAGUCCUCCAUUCAGUGACGUCACUGCAGGACCCCCUACAGCAGGGCUGUGUGAGCUCAGAAAGUACUCCAAAGACCUCUGCAAGCUGCAGCCCUGCCCCUGAGUCCCCAAUGAGUUCCAGUGAAUCUGUGAAGAGUUUGACUGAGCUGGUCCAGCAGCCCUGUCCUCCCAUCGAGACCAAUAAGGAUGGCAAGCCACCAGAGCCCAGCGACCCACCAACUUUGGACUCCCAGCCCGCAACCCCACUGCCUCUCUCUGGGCACUCAGCCCUCAGCAUCCAGGAACUUGUGGCUAUGUCUCCAGAGCUGGACACUUACGGCAUCACCAAGAGAGUCAAGGAGGUGCUGACAGAUAACAACCUUGGUCAGCGUUUAUUUGGGGAGACAAUCCUGGGGCUCACCCAAGGCUCUGUAUCUGACCUCCUUGCCCGCCCAAAGCCCUGGCAUAAGCUCAGCCUAAAGGGACGAGAGCCAUUUGUCCGGAUGCAGGUGUGGCUCAAUGACCCCAACAAUGUGGAGAAGCUGAUGGACAUGAAGCGGAUGGAGAAGAAAGCCUACAUGAAGCGGAGGCACAGCUCAGUCAGUGACAACCAGCCCUGUGAGCCCCCAUCUGUGGGCAUUGACUACAGCCAGGGCGCCAGCCCACAGCCACAACACCAGCUGAAGAAACCCCGAGUGGUGCUGGCCCCUGAGGAAAAGGAAGCCCUGAAACGAGCCUAUCAGCAGAAGCCAUACCCAUCCCCUAAAACCAUUGAGGAGCUCGCUACCCAGCUCAACUUGAAGACCAGCACCGUCAUCAACUGGUUCCACAACUACAGGUCUCGGAUCCGCAGGGAACUAUUCAUUGAGGAAAUUCAGGCCGGAAGCCAGGGCCAGGCUGCCGCCAGCGACUCACCAUCCGCCCGGAGUGGCCGCGUGGCACCGAGCUCAGAGGGUGACAGUUGCGAUGGCGUGGAGGCAGCCGAGGGCCCAGGCCCCACCACCACCACCGACAAUGCAGAGGAGCCGGGCGGCCCCACAGCCGCUGCCAAGUCUCAGGGAGGGCCAGGCAAGGUGGAGCAUGAGGAGAGGCCGCCGCCGCCACCACCGGGGACGCCAAGCCCAGACGACACCGGCGCUGCCGAGGAGGCGAGCCAGGCCGAGCCACCACGGCCCCCACUGCCCCUUGAGGGCCCAGCCGAGCACCCAGCGUCAGUGCCAAACCCCGCCGUGCCUGCCGCCGCCACCGCUGCUGCCGCCGGGGAGGACGCAGCUACCUCAGCCGCUGCCACCGCCGCUAGGGGCCCUGCCUCACCAGGCACGAGUGCAGGCACGGGCACGAGCACUGGCAGGAGCGCACCCACAGCCUCUCGCAGGCCCCGCUCGCUGCAGAGCCUCUUUGGCCUGCCUGAGGCCACAGGUGUCCGGGACCCGCACGACAACCCCGUGCGCAAGAAGAAGGCUGCCAACUUGAACAGCAUCAUCCACCGCCUGGAGAAGGCUGCCAGCCGCGAGGAGCCCAUUGAAUGGGAGUUCUGAGGGUGCGGGCUGGGCCGGCAUGAGCUCCAGGUCGGGUCUGGUCGGUCUGUCCCCGCCAGCCCUAUGGGCCCAGGCCCGAGCCCCGCGCUGCGCACUUAGCCCUGCGGGCCACAGGGCAAAAUCGCCAUAGGCCAAGGUGCAUAUAGAAAACAAAGGAGCAUUAAGCCCAAUCUAUGUUGUGUUUUCAAGAAAGAAAACGGAAAUGUGUAGUCCAGCUUUUUUGUACCCUGAAGUGUUUUUGUUGUUUUUUGUUUUUUGUUUUUUGUUUUUUUCAAUUGCCCUAAGUGAUUUCCACAGGUUCUGGAAUAACUCUUACAGCUUUUGCCUUGUGCCCUCCUCUUUCGUGUGGGCUUUAAAAAAAAAAAAAAAAUCAAACCCACAUAUAAAAAAGGGGGCUUUUUAUCUGCCAUCUAAUGGCUUCAGAGCGAUAAUACACUAUUAUCUUCUUAAACCAGGAAAAGGGGGGGAGGGGGGAUUUUUCAGAAAAAAAAAAUUAAAAAGUUUUUGUAGCUGUUCAGUUGCCACUAAGAGAUUGCACAGUCAAACCGACUCUAAACACACUAGUUUGGAUUCCUAAAUAUUUUCAAGAAAAGAAUCUUCUUGUUUGAAACUUUGAAUUAAAAUAAAAACGCAUUUACUCCAUAUUUUUUAACAGAAAGAAAAGUCACAUCAGGAAACUUAUCUGAUUUUUGUGGUUGCUGAUGUAGUGUUUUCUUGUAUGUGAAUAGAAUCCUGACAUGUAGUGCACAUUGAUCCAUAGCUUUAACUGACCCAAGGCUUUUGUUGCCCAGGGUCUGUUUAAUACACUCCAUUCUAGGCCAAAUCAGGACAAAAAGAAAAGAUCCGAAUCUAGGUAUUUUAUAAUCUGCUUUUUAACCUCUAACCGCAGAGCACGCUGAUCAGACCUCAUAUCUCGGAGGCUUAGGAGACAAGUUAGAACUGUAGCAUGUACCCAUUCAUUUUGUUUAAUUUAUGGUGUCUCCGUCUGUGUUCACGUGUCCACGCAUGUGCAAGCAUUAAAAGACAGGAAAGAGUAGGCCAACAAGGUUGCAGCAGGCAGUCCUGGGACACAGCAGCCCCACCCUAUCUUUCCUUGGCACAGAAGGCACCUCACCUCAUACCACUCUUCCUGGGCAUCUGAUGGACUGAGCCCCCCCAGGAAGAUGCUCCCUGGGCCUGGGCAGGGCUGGUGCACACACGCACUCCCUCUUCCCCUUCUUCCCACCACAAGCACUGAUGACCCUGUCGAACUCGUGGGAAGCUAGCUUCCUUCCCUACAGAAGAGAGGAUGUUGCAGUCUGGGCCCUGCUCCCACCCUAUAGAAGAGAUGGCCCAAACUCACCAAAACAUUGACCGCUCUUUAGUUCUAGACUAGACCAUUGUCCCUUCAUUCAUUUCACCUCUUGGGAAGUUCUUUUAUGCACAGUUUAAGGCAGUUUAAGUACCAAUUAGAAAUCUAACUUGUCUCUGAUUCCUCCUGUUGUCUAUGUGUAUAUGCGUGAGAAUAGAGGUGGAUGAGAGUGUGUGUGCGCGUGCGUGUGUGCAAUUUUAUACGUCUGUGUAUUUUCUUAAGUACCUGUGCACACAUAGAGUGCAUUACUGCCACCUUUUUCAAUAAGCUGUUUUAUCAGUUAUGGCUUCUACAAGUUUGCUAAUUUAGACUCCUUUAUUGCCAUAUCUUUAAACUAACAAUAGAUGAUUUCGGUAUAUAUAUUUUUUUUUGCUUAUUUAUAGGUGCUGUAUUUUAUUAUCUGAUUGUUAGGAAGGGAUGAAAGGGGCAAAUAUUCUUUAGAGGGAUAGACUGCCGGCAGUAUUGGGUAUAAUUUACAAGAUGUAGUUGUCAUACUGUAUAUUACUGAUUGAAGACUUUUUGACCGUAUUGUGUAUCAUUGAAACCUUUGUCUUAGGUCAACAUCUUUGGAUGACAUUUUAAUGGUGCAUUCAUUAUUUCUUAAGUUUAAUUAAUAUUACUUUUUGAUUUGGGGGGUGGGAGGGAGUUCUAAUUUUAAAGGUAUGCUCCCGCUAUUACACCUCAGUGUGCUUGUUAUUACUUAACUUGUAGGACUUUGACUGUAAGAUGUGAAACCACAUUUCUUGCAUGAUGUUUUAGAAAUUAUGUAUUUCAUUUACAGUCUUUUUAACCUGCAACUGCAGCACUUAGUUCAAGUUUUCACAAACUUAUGAGUCACUACACUAAAGACAAUGCCUUUUCAUGAAUAAGAAGUUCUCAGAAGGCUCUAGGAGGCUGGGAGGCAGGCCCUUUGUUUGUCUUUGGACAGUUGCAUCAUUUCUGAACUUGACAUCUUGGUUCAGUGAGAAGAGAAUCCACGAUGGAGGCGCUUUAAGGGGAAGCGGAUUAAAAUCCAGCUGGCUGCAGGUGCCCUAAGAAGAGCGAGUUGAUGCCAGGGACCCUUAGGACAGUGAGGGGCAGAGCCACUGAUGGCACUGUGGCUUCGUGUCCACAAAAAAAUUCAGGGGAACUUUGUCAUCACGUAUGAUGAACCUCUGAAAACCUAAUUUUCAUUAGAAUGAGAAGCAGGGAGUUAACUGUUAGACAAAUAUUUUAGUUUCAAAGGCAUGACUGUUACUUACCAAGGUGUUAAAUCUGAGGAAAUUGGAAAGUCUAGAUUUGUCUGUCCUUGUGGCCAAGUGGUAACAGUCUGCCACAGCCACUUUGGCUCUUCCAAGCAAUUCAUUCUUUGUUUUGUAUUCCUUUACUUUUGAACUGGUUUAUUGUUGAUUUCCAGCCUCAUUCUGUCUUUUCUGCCAGACUUACAUCUGGGUGCUCAAUACAAUCAGUGGGUUAGAUUUUGCUUGCAAAUGGAUCUGUUUUAUGUUUUUUAUUAUUUAUUUUUAUUGAGAUCCCAACCUUAUCUUUUGUGUUAAGCUAGCACUGUCUGUAGUACUUCUAAGAUCUGCCACUAAAUAACACAAACUGUGGAGGGGGAGCAGCCCCCUCCUCAUCGGGCCCCUCAGUUUGAGUCUAAGGGUUCAUCUUUCAUCUUGAUAAGCAAUAUUCAAGUGCCUUGAACAGCACCCCCUCUGAGUGGCUACCUUCCAUUGGCUGGCCAUCCACACAGCAGCUCCAUGGGCAGCCAAUCCUCAUCCUCUUCCUCCUCCUUCUCUUCCUCCUCUUCCUCUUUAUUCUCUGUCAGCUUAAAGCUGAUUUGUACCUCUCCCCACGGGGAAAAAGUUCCAUAUAAAACACUAAUAAUUACAAGUUUCAUUAUACCAUUUUAAAUGGCUUCUUUUUGUUAAUUGGAGGCAAAAUUCAUAACUAGAAGUUUCUACCAUUACUUAGCUGGCUGAGUGGGGGUCCAGCCUCAUCAGUGGUUGGGUGUUUGGGUGUGGCCUCUUGACCCUUGCUUCCUGCCCAAGUCCCCUUGUGGCAUCUGAGAUGUGUGGGUUCUGUUCUAAACCCUGUGUUCUCACUUUUAGUCCAGCCCAGCUCCCAGGUUACCUCCUCUCUGGAACUUCUGGAUCAGUCAGGAUGUCUGAUUUUGGUCCACCAGACUCACCUUCUUUAAAAAGGGUUGUAUAGCCACUUAAAUGAACUUGAUUCUUCUAGGCAGCCUGCCUGAAGAACAUUGUGACAUGAGGUGGCUUCUGCUCCCAGAAAGAUUCAGACUUAGAAAAAUUCUCCAAGAAAUGCCAAGAUCAUGAGUCACAGAGCUACUGCCAAGCAUGCUGCUCUGGGAAAGCAAUCAAGACAAAAGAUGGCAGCUCUCAGCCUCCCCAGGACUGCUUCUGGUGCCUCUGAAGCACAAAUAGCGCCCUGCCUGACUUCCUUCCUGUUGGCCUCUCUAUUUCUUCCCAUGUAAUUUAAAAAAAAAAA